AUGAUUAGAGAGAUACAGGCUAUUAAUGAAACAACUAAAGAAGAAUUCAUUGUACAGAAUGAAGUUAAAUGUAAAUUGUAUACUUUUAAAAUUAAGGGUGUUGAUUACUCAGUGAAGGUGUCUCAAAACAAUAAGGAUGAAGAAAUUUCAAAAUUUAAACAAUUUAUUCAGAAUUUGACUGAUGAAAAUUUUAAACAUCUUGAAAUUACUUUAAAAGACUUAGUUAAUAGAGAAUUAGAUGUUAUAAAAGACAGUCAUUAUAAGGAGUUACAAGAAAUACAUUCUGAGAGACCUGAUAUUUCUGCAUUAGAAUAUCAUCCUAAUAACGAUUUGAAUUAUCAUGUUGGAGUUGAGUUACAUGAAGUUAUUAAUUUACAUGUUAAUUUAACUACUAAUAAGGUUAAUCAUGAUUAUGGUAGAGGUGAUUUCUAUCUUAAGGUUCUUGGUAACACUUAUACCAAUCUUUCCUUAUUAUUGAACUAUGAGACAGCUAUCUUACCUGAUACAAUUGUGGAAGAUUUGGUUGCUAAAAAUUCCUUAAGAAGAAAUAAUCAAGUUUGGGUAAUUGAUCCUAAGAAAUUAAGAAAAUUCACUAAGGUGUUUUCUUAUCCAAUUAGUUAUUCUAAAUUACCAAUUUCUAUUAACCCUUCAUUUGUUAAGGUCAAUAAUGGUUACAAAUCAAUUUAUUCUUUUAAGAUGACUGAAUUUGGUACUAAAGAUAAUUCAUUUAAUAUUACUAUCAUUGUAAGUGAUUACAUUGUUAUUAAAUCUGAUGGUCUUUGUUCACAUCCUAAUUCAACAAUAUCUCGUGAUGUUCAAACUUUUACCGUCAAUGUGCCUCAUGCUAAUAAAGGUGAUGUGUUUAAUUUUGAAUUCUUAUUUGAAAUUAAACCUAAUGUUUCAUUAAGUGAAAUUUAUUCUAAAGUUUAUUUAAAGUUUAGAACUGAUUAUGUCACUAAUGAUUUAUUCAUUAGAAAAAUCACUAAUAAUGGUAAAGAUGUUCCUGAAAGUGAUGUUAUGGUUAAGAAAAGUUCAUCUAGUGGUAAUGUACUUUGUAAAAGUGAUUAUCAUGAAUUGCUUAACUAA